AUGGCAGAUGGCGGCUGCCACCCCCAGCCCGGGGACUUGAUCGAGAUCGACAGGCGUGUUUACCAGCACUGGGCUCUCUACCUGGGGGAUGGAUAUGUCAUCAACGUGACACCUGUAGAUGAAGGAGCCCCAUCCCUGUCAGUGAGCACCACAUCAAUAUUCACCAGAAAGGCCAAAGUGAAGAAGCAGCUCCUGAAAGAGGUGGUGGGAAAUCAUACAUGGCGUGUCAACAACAAGUAUGACUGCUCCCGCAGUCCUCGCCCUGUGAAGGAGAUUAUCCGGAGAGCUGAGCAAUGGAUUGACAGGGAAGUGCCAUAUGAUGUGCUUGGCAGCAACUGUGAGCAUUUUGUGACAGAGCUCCGCUAUGGAGAGGCAGUCUCUGAGCAGGUCACAAGAGUUGUUAUCGGUGCUGCGGCAACUGUAGCAGGGAUCGUUCUUGCUGGUCUUGCUGCCGCUGUUCUGAAGGGCUUCUCGGGUAAAUCCAGUAAGGAGAGAAACUGCUAG